AUGCACUUCUAUACCGCAGCUCAACGGGUCCUCUGGCAGGGAAUGGACGACCUCCCGAAAAUAACUAUGAGAACGGUCAUAGGAAUUGCCGUGGCGAUUACCGGCAACAUCCUUAUUUCGCUCGCGUUGAACCUGCAGAAGCUGGCCCACAAACGAGUUGAGAAGGAGAAGAAGGUGCUCGAAGCCGAAAGUCGAAAUGACCAUACAAGCUUAGAUGAACGAGACGAAGACCUUGAAGCCUUUAGGAACGACCCACAGGACGACGUAUUCACUGAUAGGCCAACAACAGACAACUCGGAACUACGACCUCUUGUAGCACAUCCAGAACCUAUGGUUCGGGAUUAUGGUAGCGAUGCUUCUGGCCUGCCCGUCAAUGCUCAGGUUAAACUGAAACGUUCCUUCAUGUCUCGCAUCGUGCCAUCGCGCGCUCGCGGCAAGGCGGCUGUCUCGAAGCUUAGCCUUCUGCCCGUUGACAUUGUCACGGAAGACGCCGCUUUACACGGUCUGGCCGUUCGGAAGAAAGGGCAUAGCCCAGAUAGCGACAGCCCAGACACGGUGGAAGGAAACGAGGGGGAAUACCUCAAAUCUAAAUUAUGGUGGCUUGGCUUCCUACUUAUGAAUGUUGGCGAAAUGGGCAACUUCAUCUCAUAUGCCUUUGCUCCAGCCUCGGUCGUAGCCCCUCUCGGUACUUUCGCUUUGAUGGCCAACUGCUUCUUCGCCCCUUUACUUCUAGGAGAAUAUUUUCGCAAGCGUGACCUCUUCGGUGUCGCUAUUGCUAUAAUCGGGGCAGUAACCGUUGUCUUGGCUUCAAACGCGUCAGACGCAGGACUGGACCCCGAGGCGCUUCUCCACGCAAUAUCCCAAACGUCUUUUAUUGCCUAUUCUUGCGUAUAUGUAGCCGGCGCUAUCACAUUGGGCACUUUGUCCGAGGGAAGGCUCGGCAAGCGUUGGGUUUUCAUUGACGUUGGACUGUGUGCACUGUUCGGUGGGUUUACUGUGCUUUCGACGAAGGCACUGUCUACCCUGCUCACGUCCCAAUGGAUCGAAAUCUUCACUCAGUGGAUCACAUAUCCUUUGAUUGCGACACUAAUACUGACUGGAGUUGGUCAAAUUCGAUAUCUGAAUCGAGCCUUGAUGCGAUUUGAUAGCAAAGUCGUCAUUCCCAUUCAAUUUGUUUUAUUCACUUUAUCAGCAAUCAUUGGAUCUGCGAUUCUUUACGGCGACUUUCAGAAGGCUAAAUUCCACGAGAUUGUAACUUUCUUAUAUGGUUGCGCGGCUACCUUUACAGGUGUAUUUAUCAUCGCCUGGUCGCCUACGGAUUCUAGCGCCGAACACUCUGCAGACGUUAUCCCUGAAGAAGAAGCGCAGAAUACAAAUGAUGCUACCCCAACUAAUUCUGAUGGCGCCCGAUUAGGCAUGGGUACCAUUGGCAGGAGACGGCACGCCACCCUCGUUCUACCGAGUGGGGUGAAUGGGCCGAGAGAGACCCCAGCGCUGAGGCACAAACGAAGUGGAGUUGGGGUGAUGGCGAUUUCUCCUGCUCAGCAUCUUCUCCUUGUUCAUGCACCUCCGCGUGAGACUCCUCUCCGAGACCGAGAGGACAACUUAGACAUCGAACGAGGUGGACAUACCCCAACUGGCAGAAGGAGGACGAUGAGUUGGUAUGGGUCUGACGGCCAAAGAAGCGGUAAUGGGACCAGGGAGAGCAGUCUAGUUGGCAGGCUACGAAACGGGCUCCCAAGAGUCGGCAGUCUGGAGGGCCAACCCAAUACUCUAAAUCGAUGA